AUGCUCUCAAGGAGCGGCCGACCCGUGUCCUCAGUCUGUUCACGACUGAUCCGCAAUAAUGCCAGCCGUCGAACACUGGUUGCCGCACCCAAACCCAACUCGGGGCCGCUGAUGAGUAGGCGGUCCGAUCGGGCCUUGCCAGACGUAUCCCCCUCGCGCCGCUUUCUGCGAACACUCCCCCUUUUCGCCUUGGCCGUCGGAGCCUCGACGUUGGCGAUUUUCAAUUAUCAAAAGCUUUCGUCGAGCACGGUGUCAAGUACCCUCUAUGCUCUGCGGGUUAAUGACGAAGCUCGCGAGAUCCUUGGCGAUGAGAUAUUCUAUGCCAGCAAGAUCCCGUGGAUAUGGGGAUCCAUUGACCAGCUUCAUGGGCGUAUAGACAUUCAAUUUUCAGUUAAGGGCACCAAAGGACGAGGGUGGAUGAGGUUUCGAAGCGAGAGGAAAACCAGGAUGGGUUACUUCGAGACGCUGGAAUGGAGCUUGAAGCUAGAUGAUGGGCGAAUAGUGGAUUUCCUUCACCCAGAUCAACCAGAUCCCUUCCAAAACGCCGACCUAGGGGAGCCACAACCAAGAUCCCCAUAA